AUGUUGUAUGAUCAACAAUUACAACAGGAAGGAGAAUUCGGUGCACUGGCAAGAUUCUUUGAAACCAAGGAAGUUGACGGAUUUGAGCGUUUCAAUCCAGUCAUUGACGAAAGCUGUAUCUUGAAUCACGUCUUUGCAACUGAAGAUGGUGGGAUCAUUGUAAACAGCUUGAGAGAACCAAUUGUACAAGAUGGUGCUAGUUGUAGAAUCAGCAGGACUAUAACCAGUUACCAAUUUAUCGAAGAUGCCAGAGAAAUUGAAUGGACCAUGUUGUGGUGGUUGAAGUUGAAGAAGUUUUUAAGAGGAAGAAUUGAAGAUUUGAAAUUAGGAACGAAGAUUCGUGAGAACUUGUGUAGUCCCAAUGAAGUAUUAACAUCAAAAGUAAAUGUGUUUAUGAGUUAUAAUUAUGCUUAUAAUAAUCCACUGAUGUAUCCCAUAUUAUGGUGAUAUCAUCAUAUGAAAUAUAAUCACUAUCACGCAUGCUAAACCUGUGUGUUAAAUAAUAAAGUAAUCGGUAGACACCUUU